AUGGCGGUGCUGGCGGUGCUGGCCAAGAAGGUGUGGUGCAGCCGGCGCCUGCUGGUGCUGCUGCUCGCGCCGCUGCUGCUGCUGCCCGUGGUGUUCUCCCUCCCGCCCCAGGAAGGCCGCUGUCUGUUUGUCAUCCUGCUCAUGGCUGUGUACUGGUGCACGGAGGCGCUGCCCCUCGCGGUGACGGCGCUGCUGCCCAUCAUCCUCUUCCCCUUCCUGGGUAUCCUGAAGUCCAAAGACGUCUGCCCCCAGUACUUCGUGGACACCAACUUCCUCUUCCUCAGUGGUCUGAUCAUGGCCAGCGCCAUCGAGGAGUGGAACCUGCACCGGAGAAUCGCCCUCAAGAUCCUCACGUUCGUUGGGGUCCGGCCGAUCUGGCUCAUCUUUGGAAUGAUGGUGAGCACCGCCUUCCUGUCCAUGUGGCUGAGCAACACCGCCUCCACCGCCAUGAUGCUGCCCAUCGCCAGCGCCAUCCUGAAGAAUCUCUUUGGUGAGGAGGAAGAGAGCACAGUUGCUGUGGGGACAAAAGGCAUGAACCCUGUGCCCAUGGAGAUGCAAUUUCUUGCCAGAAGAGAAGACAAAGACUUCUCCGAGGAGACUGAGGACCCGUUGCCUCUUCCAGACAGCAGCAAGAAGGCGGAAGAAUAUCGCAAAAACAUCUGGAAGGGCCUCCUCAUCUCCAUCCCUUACGCAGCCAGCAUCGGGGGCACGGCCACUCUCACCGGCACGGCUCCCAACCUCAUCCUACUCGGUGGGAUCAAGAGUGCCUUCCCACAGAGCGACGUGGUGAAUUUCGGCUCCUGGUUCAUUUUCGCCUUACCUCUGAUGGUGCUGUUCCUGUUGAUUGCCUGGCUCUGGAUCUCCUUCCUGUAUGGGGGAAUGUUCACAAGGGGCUGGAAGAAGGACAUGGCAGCCAAUGCUACCGGAGAAGAUAGGGCUCGUGCUAUGAUUCGAGAGGAAUACGAGAAUCUGGGGCACAUGGUGUUUGCCGAACGGGCCGUCUUCAUCCUUUUCUGCCUGUUCGCCAUCCUCCUCUUCUUCCGGGACCCGAAGUUCAUCCCUGGCUGGUCUAAUCUCUUCAAACCUGGGUAUACUUCCGAUGCUGUAACCGGCGUGAGCAUAGUCACCAUCUUGUUUUUCUUCCCAUCCAAAAGGCCCUCUCUCAAGUGGUGGUGUGACUUUAAAGCUUCCAACACAGAGAUCAAACCCCUGCUGACGUGGAAGAGGGCGGAGGAAACCAUCCCCUGGAGCAUCAUCCUUCUCCUGGGAGGGGGCUUCUCCAUGGCCAAGGCCUGCGAGCAGUCCGGGCUGUCAUUGUGGAUCAGCGACCAGCUGCACCCCCUGGAGAACGUGUCGCCCACGCUGGCCGUCUUCACCAUCACCUUCGUCGUCAUCUUCUUCACCGAGUUUGCCAGCAACACGGCCACCAUCAUCAUCUUCUUGCCCGUCAUGGCAGAGCUGGCCAUCCGCCUGCACGUGCACCCCCUGUACCUGAUGAUCCCGGCCACAGUGGGCUGCUCCUACGCCUUCAUGCUCCCCGUCUCCACGCCCCCCAACUCAAUUGCCUUCGCCUCCGGACACCUGCUGGUCAAAGACAUGGUGCGGACAGGCCUCCUGAUGAACCUGAUGGGCAUCAUGAUCCUCAACAUGGCCAUCAAUACAUGGGCACAGCCCAUCUUCCAGCUGGGCUCCUUCCCGGACUGGGCCCAACACCACCUAACCAACGUCACAGGAAAACCACCCUCCCUGGUGGCCAACGACACCUCACUGGCCCUCUGA